AUGGGUUUCGAUUAUUACAGUAUUUUGGGAGUAAAGCGAUCCAGUGACCAAAGUGAAAUUAAAAAAGCAUACAGACGCCUCGCACUCAAAUACAAUCCUGAAAGAUACGACAACGACGAAAAUAUGAGACGAAUUUUCGCUCUAAUUGGCGAGGCUUAUGAGGUUUUAGUAGAUCAUAAAAAUAGGGCGAUAUUCGAUCAAUAUGGGGAAGAAGGACUUAAAAGGGGAGUGCCCGGACCUAAGGAGUACAUCCAGCCUUAUAUAUACCACGGCGAUCCUAUAAGGACUUAUCAGGAAUUCUUCGGAACAGGAAACCCGUACGCCGACUUAUUGGAUUACUAUGAGAACCCACCACCAAUGUUUGAAUCUCCAUUGGGUAAAGGAUAUAAGGAAAAAGAUCAAACGAUAGUUCGUCCACUAGCUCUUACUUUGGAGGAGGUAUUUAGGGGUUGUUUAAAAAAAAUGAAGAUACAACGCCUCGUGUUCACCGACGAAACCUGUUCAGAGUUGAAACUUCGCGAGAAAGUUUUAUCUAUUCCGAUCAAGCCAGGCAUUUAUCCGAAUACAGAGAUUAAAUUCAAAGAGGAGGGUGACCAAGGUCCAACUAGAAUACCAGCGGAUGUUAUAUUCAUAACUGAGGAUCGUCCACAUGAAAACUUCGUCAGAUCAGGGUUAAGCGAUCUCUUGAUGUUCAGAACCAUAUCAUUGCAAGAAGCUCUAUGUGGUAUCACGAUAGUGUUCUCUUCUUUAGACGACAGAACUUUGAGGAUUAAAAUUACUGACGUUAUAACCCCAACUUAUGAAAAAAUUAUCGAAGAUGAAGGGUUACCGAUACCGGCAUGCCCUAAUAGGGCUAGAGGGAAUUUGAAAAUACGAUUCAAUAUAAUUUUUCCGGUAUAUCUAUCGAAACGUAGUAAAAAAGCUUUCGAAAAUGCGUUUAAGACCAAAGAUGAGGAAGAUGAACAUUUUGAGAAGUUACCGUGCGGAGCGUUGUCUGUGCCAUCAAUAUAUAAU